AUGACUGACCCUUCCGUGCUCGUGCAAUCUUUGACCCCUUCAGCUAUUCAUGAUGCCUACUCCCUCAUCCAACCCUAUGUGCACCGCACGCCUCUCCUCACUUGCCAAACCCUCAACACCAUUGCCUCUGCGCCGCAAUCUCCGGAGGCAUUGACCGGUACCUCCUUUGAGGGCCAAGCUCCUGCCAAUCCCAAGUUCCGCUUCUUCUUCAAAUGCGAGAACUACCAACGGAUAGGCGCCUUCAAGGCCCGAGGAGCCUUCCAUGCUCUGUUACGACUCAUCACCGAACGGGGGAAGGAGGAUGUACAGAAACGGGGUGUCAUCACCCACAGCUCUGGAAACCACGCUCAAGCUCUCGCUCUCGCCGCCGCCACUCUUGGUGUUCCCGCCUACAUUAUCAUGCCCAGUAUUAGCACACCCUCUAAGAUCGCUGGGACGCGCUCCCACGGUGCAGAGGUCAUUUUCAGUGGCUCAACGAGCGUCGAGCGCGAAGCUGUCGUCGCUGAUGUGCAGGCCAAGACCGGUGCCAUUCUGAUCCCGCCCUAUGAUGACUUCAAUAUCAUCUGCGGCCAGGGUACUACGGCUCUCGAACUUGAGGAGCAGUACAGGGAGCUGCUGGCUGAGAAGCCACAUCUGAGCAUCCGCCAGAGUUCCAAAGCUCUCGAUGCUGUCUUCACACCCGUCGGUGGAGGCGGUCUCAAUUCCGGUGUUGCAACUUUCUUCUCGGACAAGACAACCAAAGUGUUUGGUGCGGAACCCAGUUUUGAAGGUGCAGACGAUUGCCGGCGCGGACUGGAAGCCGGGGAGCGGGUUCCGGCAGUGUCGACACUGACCAUCGCGGACGGCUUGCGGACACCGGUUGGCUUGUUGAAUUGGGAGGUGAUCUCGAACCGGAACAAGGUCGCUGGUGUAUAUGCUGUGACGGAGGAGCAGAUCAAGGCGGCAAUGCGUCUGGUCCUAGAACGCAUGAAGGUAGUGGUGGAGCCAAGCGCUGUGGUGGGUUUGGCCGUUUGCCUAUACAACGAGGAGUUCCGACGACUGGUCGAGAAGGAGGCUCCUGAGGGUUGGGAUGUAGGCAUCGUGUUCAGCGGUGGAAACACCACGGUUGAGGCCAUUGGAAAGUUGUUCAGUUAA